UGCAUUGUUUUUCGUUUCUGGAUUUUGUAUUAUCAUAAAUCCAUGGCGACCAGUUUGAUUCGACGGGCGAUGAAUGCCACGUCUCGACUCUCUUCAUCGACGGUGAAUCCGGCGUCGAGGUUGGCGGUGAUUAGACCGUACGCUGGCGAGGCGGACGCUCAAAAGGUGGAACCAAAAGCCGCCGCCUCCACCAACAUGAAAACCUUCCAAAUCUACCGAUGGAAUCCGGAUGACCCUGCCAAACCCCAGCUCCAAGACUACAAAAUCGACCUGAAAGAGUGCGGGCCCAUGGUUCUGGACGCCCUCAUCAAGAUCAAGAACGAGAUCGACCCGUCGCUCACCUUCCGCCGCUCCUGCCGUGAAGGAAUCUGCGGCUCUUGUGCAAUGAACAUCAACGGCUGUAACGGCUUAGCUUGUCUGACCAAGAUCGAAUCGGGAUCUUCGGAGACGACCAUUACCCCUCUGCCACAUAUGUUUGUGAUUAAAGAUCUGGUGGUUGAUAUGACCAACUUUUAUAAUCAGUAUAAGAGUAUUGAGCCGUGGCUGAAGAGGAAGAAUCCGCCGCCGACGGCGGGGAAAGAGAUCCCACAAAGUAAAAAGGAUAGAGCUAAGCUGGAUGGGAUGUAUGAGUGUAUUUUGUGUGCUUGUUGUAGCACCAGCUGUCCCAGUUAUUGGUGGAAUCCUGAGUCGUAUCUGGGUCCUGCUGCUUUGCUCCACGCUAACAGAUGGAUUAGCGAUAGCCGUGAUGAAUACACAAAGGAGAGGUUGGACGCCGUGAAUGACGAGUUUAAGCUGUAUCGUUGCCAUACGAUAUUGAAUUGUGCUCGUGCUUGUCCAAAGGGGCUGAACCCCGGAAAGCAGAUCCAACACAUCAAGCAGCUUCAGCUUACUGGUUAAACUCUCCAACUUCAGAAAUAAGAUAUGAAUGUAAAACCAGUUAAUCUGAGUUGCUUUGUGAGGACUCUAUGAACAUUUUGCUUUGAGUCAGAUAUGCCAAUAAUUGUAUUCUCCCUCACAAUUGUACUUAAAAUUGUUGUUCAAGUGUUAAUUUUUGAAUC